UCGACGCAAGAAACAGACGCAAGUACAACUUUACAUAGUACGACUUUUUCUUUGGAAGUUUUUAACUCAACAAACAUACCAAAAUGUACGUUAAAGUAAGAACAAUGGAUGGCAAACGGGAGAUGUUGUUAACCGUUUCAAGAACAAUGGAAGUGGAAGAUUUCAAGCGUAUGAUUGAAGAGAAGAUGGAUGUAAAAGUGGAUCUACAACGAUUAUUCUAUCGUGGAAAACAAUUAGAAAAUGAUUAUACAUUACAUGACUAUAAUAUCAAUAUAAAUGACGUGAUUCAAUUAAUGAUAAAGAUACAAAUUAGCGGAUUAGAACCUACCUCCAGUAGCAGUGUUACUACUAUUCCUAGUUUAAAUUCUGAAAAAGAAAUUGUAGAUGAUAAUGGAGAGAAAUUACUUGAAACACUUACUGAAAGCUUGUAUUAUAAAACUGGUGAUGUAGUAGAUUGCCUUAAUCAAGUUUAUGGAGCUUGGUUUGAGGCAAUAAUAUCAAAGAUUUUUAAAAAAGAUGAUAAAAUUAUUUAUAAUAUGCAGUGGGAAUUUGAUGAUAAAGCUCCACCUUUCAAUGUAUCUGAGUCAUUAAUAAGACCACGUGCAAGACAUUUGUUACAACUUGACAGUUUAGAAGUAGGUCAAAAAGUGAUGAUUAAUCAUAAUGUUGAUAAUCCUAAAGAAAUUGGUUUUUGGUACGAUUUUACAAUAUCGAAUAUAAUUAAAAACAGGAAAAUACAACUGAUUGGGAUAUUACAUAUUGGACUAGAUCAAUCAAUCAACAAUUUGAAAGUGAUACCUGGGGAUGAUAUUUUUGCCAUAGAAGAACCAAAAUUUCUUAAAGACAGAACUGAAGAUGAACAAUACAUGGUCAGUAAACGAAGACGUGUACAAGCUAAUUGUGAUGCAUGUUUCGACAAUCCUAACAAGAAAUGCAGAGAAUGUGGUUGUAGAAUUUGUGCUGGGAAAGAAGAUGAACAUAAGCUUCUUUUAUGUGAUGAGUGUGACUCUGCAUAUCAUAUAGGCUGUUUGAAUCCCCCGUUAACAUCCAUACCUGAAGAAGAUUACUGGUAUUGUUCGGAAUGUAAAAAUGAUGAAAAUGAAAUUGUGAAGGCAGGUGAUAAACUUAAAAAAACGAAAAAGAAAACAUAUGAAAAUAGUAAUCGUAGAAAAAGAAAUUGGGAUAGAGGAAUGGCAUGUGUAGGAAUAUCAAAACACUGCACUAUAGUUUCAAUCUAUCAUGUCGGACCUAUUCCAGGAGUAGAAGUUGGAACGAGCUGGUUAUAUAGAAUACAGGUAUCUGAAGCUGGAGUACAUAGACCACCCAUAGCUGGAAUUCAUGGAAAAUCAACACAGUGUGCAUUUUCUAUUGUAUUGGCUGGAGGGUACGAGGAUGACAUUGACAACGGCGAUGAAUUUAUUUAUAGUGGCUCCGGAGGCAGAGAUCUAUCAGGAAACAAAAGAACAGGACGACAAACUUGUGAUCAGACAUUAACUAAUAUGAACAAAGCAUUGGCUUUAAAUUGCAAUGCAAAAUUCAAUCCGAGAGUCGGCGCCACAGCGGAAUAUUGGAAAGAUGGUAUACCUGUAAGAGUUGUGAGAACCCACAGGCUUGCUAAAUUCAGCAAAUAUGCACCAGAACAAGGCAACAGAUAUGACGGUAUAUACAAGGUGGUAAAGUAUUAUCCAGAAAUAGGUAAAAGCGGAUUCCGUGUAUGGAAAUUUUUAUUAAGAAGAGAUGAUCCAGUACCUGCACCAUGGACUAAAGCGGGUAAAGCACGAAUAAAAGCACUCGGUUUGAAAUUCAUAUAUCCAGAUGGAUAUUUAGAAGCAAAGGCAAAAAAUGAAGCAAAUGAAAAUGAAAUAAAUGAAAUAAGUAAAAAACGAAAAUUACAUAUGAAAGAAUCUGUUACUUCAAAUGAAGAGAAACAACAGAAGAAGAGACAAAAAUUCGAGGGUUAUAAAUUAGAAAGUGAAAUAGCAGAAUAUAUCGAGCAAGAUCGGGCAAAUGUAAAAUUAUGGGAUGAAUGUCGUAAAGCCUUACAAGAUGGUAAACCUGCAUUUUUGCAAUAUGUUUUAGAAAGAUUCACAUGUCCCUGUUGUUUGGAACUCGUUUACAAACCUGUCACGACUCCAUGCGCACAUAAUAUUUGUCUUAAUUGUUUGAAACGUAGUUUUUUAACGGGUAGGCGAUGUUGCCUGUCAUGUCGUUAUUUCUUUAAUGAAAAUUAUAAAAUGAUAGUUAAUACAUUUUUAUCAUCUGCUUUAUCAUUACUUUAUCCAGGUUAUAAAGGUGGCAGAUAACUUCAAUUUUGACAAAAUAAUACUUACAUUUCUGAAAUAAAUUCUCACAUGCCAAUUCAAAUUGCAUUAAAUAAUAAAUCUGGUUACAAUUUGUGCUUCAGUAAUGAAGUAAUGUUUGGUAUAAUACAUAGUUAUAAGACGAGCAACAUAUCGUGCUCAUUUUUAUUUAUAUAAAAAAUUUGUUAGUAUCAUUUUACAAUAAUAAUUUUAUUAUAAUAUAUUUGCAGUCAUAAAAUGACUAGUAAUAAUUAAAUAACAAUAAUUAUUAUUGUAAUAGUUAUUAUUAUGUUAAGUUUUGAUUUAUGUAAUUUCAAAUUUUAUAUCUACAGGGUGGACCAUUUAAAUGGGAUUAUUUUUUUUUAUUGUUAUUUUUAGGGACGUAAAUAAACUUUGUUAAUAAAAAUCAUUCAGUACUGAGGGGACUAUGGCAGUAAUGACUUUUUGUAGAGGUUUCGAAGGCCUUUCUCGUUUUUCAUAUAGAUCAAAAUCUUACAAAAUCACUACUGCCGUUAUUAUUAUGGUGCCUUUAAUAUUGAAUAACUUUUAUUUUUUUAUAGUUUAUUCAUGUUUUUAAAAACAACGGAGUUAAGUAGUCCCAUUUUAAAUUACUUAGAUAGACCUCAUUUAAGUGGUCCACCUUGUAUAUGUAAUGCAAGGUUUAUAUAUUGACUACAAACUAUAUAUGUUUGCUCAUUUAUUUGUGUAUGUGUGAUGUGCUUCAAUUUAAACCAAUUGUACGUGGUUCUAAUUUGCAUUUUAAUCAAUCUGUACUGCUCUUUUUUAGUUAGCAUAACAUAAUUUUCCACAAUAAAUGAUAUGAAUCAUGUUAUUUUACAACGAGGUAAAUAAAUGUUUUUUAUUACAA